AUGCAACCAAAUCAAGGAAUGAGUUUCAACAACAGUUUGAAUCAAGCAGUGAUCAUAUCUCCCAUCAGCAGCAGCAUGAAUGAUGAUGCACGAGAAAGUAUCAUGCUUUCUCCGUCUCCGAUUGCAAAUAGAAUGAUCCGAGAAGAGCAACAUCAACAACCACAUGAUGAAAUUGACGUCCAUGAUGAAUUGGAUAUUAUUCAAAGAGAUCUUUCCCUAAUUUCUUCUAUUGAACCACCUCAUAAUUUUGGCCAAAAUCAAAGAGAAACAUUGAUGGACAACUUCUUUUCGGAAGAAGAGAAGAAGGCCAUAUUUAAAAAAGAUAAAGCAAUUGAUUUGUAUGCAUCACAAGCUCUCGGAAGUGAUCGACUCUUGGAUAUUUGUCAAUUGGAAUUGAUGCAACCAAAUCAAUUGUCGUGGAAACAAAGUGUCAUCAGCUCCAUUCUGCAAGAUGAUGAGUGGAAAUACAAGAAACGAUAA